AUGGGAAGCUUAGACGAAACACUGACUGUGAAUUUCAUUAACCGUGAUGGAGAAAAGCUGACAGCCACAGCCAAGGAAGGGGAGAGUCUCCUGGAAGUGGUUAUCCGCCAUCAUCUGAAUAUUGAUGGGUUUGGUGCAUGUGAGGGGACUCUAGCAUGUUCUACCUGCCACCUCAUCUUUGAUAAAAAUGUCUUUGACCAGUUGGACCCUAUUGUUGAUGAGGAGAUGGACAUGUUGGAUUUGGCUUUUGGACUUACAGACAGGUCUCGUCUUGGCUGCCAAGUUUGUAUGACGAAGGCUCUGGAUGGGAUAACAGUGCGAGUUCCUGUGGAUGUUUCUGAUGCCAGAAGAGAUAUAGAAGUUGGAAAGCAAAGCAAACAAUAAGUUGCUGAGUGAAUACUUUCACCUGCUGAAUGUGCCUAGAAAUCCACACGUACCACAGAACAAGAUACUGCAUCACCAUCUUUUUUUUAGACU